AUUGUGGCGUCACGGUGUCAGUUUGCUUGCUUGAGGUGCCGAACGGUGCAGGAAGUCUUGAGGUGAAGCGGUGCAAACAAACAAACAUUUAGUGGCGUUUGGUUUUGGUGAGCCGAAUUCCCCCAGAUAACAAUGUCUCGGGGUUCCGAGCCUGCGGCCAGCGACAUCGGUGUCGUGGGAGACAUCAAGAAGGAAAAGAAAGUGGCUCUCAUCACCGGCAUCACCGGACAGGAUGGGUCAUACCUGGCAGAGUUUCUGCUCUCCAAAGGAUAUGAGGUUCAUGGCAUUUUGAGACGUUCCAGUUCGUUCAACACAGGACGCAUCGAACAUCUUUACCAGAACCCACAGGCGCAUACUGAAGGCAAUAUGAAGCUGCACUAUGGUGACCUGACAGAUAGCACGUGUCUGGUGAAGAUCAUUAACCAAGUCAAACCGACAGAAAUCUACAACCUGGGUGCUCAGAGUCACGUCAAGAUCUCCUUUGAAUUGGCUGAGUACACGGCUAACGUGGACGGCGUGGGAACGCUUCGUCUUUUGGACGCGAUCAAGACGUGUGGCUUGACCAACAGCGUCAAGUUUUACCAGGCCUCCACGAGCGAGUUGUACGGCAAAGUCCAGGAAAUCCCACAGACGGAGACCACGCCCUUCUACCCUCGUUCACCUUACGGUGCUGCCAAAUUGUAUGCCUACUGGAUUGUGGUGAACUUCAGAGAGGCGUACAACAUGUUUGCUGUCAACGGGAUCCUCUUCAACCACGAGAGUCCAAGGAGAGGGUCCAAUUUUGUGACACGGAAGAUCAGCCGCUCUGUGGCCAAGAUUCACUUGGGCCAGCUGGAGAGCUUCAGUCUGGGUAACCUGGAUUCCAAGAGGGAUUGGGGCCAUGCCCGCGACUAUGUGAAGGCUAUGUGGUUGAUGCUGCAACAGGAGGAGCCCGAUGAUUUCGUCAUCGCAACCGGGGAGGUGCACAGCGUGAGGGAGUUUGUGGAAAAAGCCUUCCGACAUGUGGGGAAGACAAUCGUGUGGAAUGGCAAGGAUGAGCACGAGGUGGGCUGUUGCCAGGAGACGGGAGUCGUGCAUGUCAAAGUGAAUCCAAAAUAUUUCCGGCCAACUGAAGUGGAUUACCUGCAAGGCGACAGCAGCAAAGCGUGCGAGAGGAUGGGCUGGAAACCAAAGGUGACUUUUGAGGAGCUGGUGAAAGAAAUGGUGGAGGCAGACGUUGCGCUGAUGAAGGAAAACCCAAAUGCCUGAGACGGUCCCUGGAGGACACCAAGCCUUCGACAUUCCCAGCAACACACACACAGAUGAGGAAUCAAAGUUGUCCCGGAUUUCGUUUUUUUGUUGUUUUUUUUUUAAAUCAUGAGUAGCAGUAGCCGAACGAAAACAAUGACUGAUUCCCUUUUGGCUCAGCGUUCCAUGUAAGAGCGGUUCCAGAGAAAUAUGCUGUACAUCAUCAAGUUUACAUGCAAAUGGAAAAAAAAUAAAUGAAGAAUAUUGAACGCAUC